AUGCUAUAUAUAGGGACUCGUGCCUCCGAAGGGAGAAUCCGUGGUGGAGCUUCAAAAGUGGGGAUGGUCGGGCUGGUCACAGGAGCUGUCGAAGAGGUUCAAGUGGAACCUCUCCGUAAUGAUUUCCAUCUUACAAGGAGAAGAGGUGGCUUCCAAUCCCGAGAAGUCGGAUGUGUCGAAUUCCUUCUCAGUCUGCGAAACCCUACCGGAGGACGUACUCCGCUGUGCAUCGCAGUUCGACGCCCAGAGUCACCUCCUCGCCACUAUGAGGCGGUAAACCGUUGUGGAGGAAGAAUAGCACAGAUAUUAUAA